AUGGCCUUCACUACGCUAUUCGCAACCGUUCUCCUUGUCAGCGGAUUGGCCACCGCCGUCCCGACACCAACCAUCCGGGCAGCCCCCUCAACCACAGUGAAGCUGACUGGAGUCACCCAUUCUGUUACGGCUGGUCUUGGCGGUCUCAACUUCUCCCCGGAUAAUGUCGUUGCUGAAAUCGGCGAUGUUGUCGAGUGGCACUUCCUCCCGCUCAAUCACGCCGUCGCGCAGUCUUCCUUCGCUGAACCUUGCAAGCCACUGAACAACGGCACCGGCUUUUAUUCUGGCUUUCAGUUCGCCACCAAAGAGAACCAGGCCCCCAAGGUUUUCCAGAUUGUGGUGGAGGAUAAGAAGCCCAUCUGGUACUACUGCCCUCAAACCAACGGCAACCACUGCCAGAAGGGCAUGGUUGGUGUUAUCAACCAAAAUUUUGAUAACCAGCUGUUCAGUCUUGCUAAGCACCGACAGCUUGCUGCUGGCACUGGUGUCUCUAUUAUCCCCCCGACGGUUCAGGGCGGCGCAGUCAUCCCCAAUCCCAACCCUAAUGGGGGCUUUUAA